AUGAAGAGGGCAAGAACGGAAGAGGAAGGAGAGGAGGGCACCGCAGUGGCGAACGUUCUGAUGCUGCUGUCCACCGGCGAGGAGGCCCACAGGCCGCGGAACAACGGGCGGCUAUUUGGGUGCAAAACCUGCAACCGACAGUUUGCGUCCUUCCAGGCGCUAGGCGGCCACCGGGCCAGCCACAAGAAGCCGCGGCUGCCGGGGGAGCGGCUCGCGCAGGCCGGCAAGCCGAGGGUGCACGGGUGCCCCAUCUGCGGCCUCGAGUUCUCCAUGGGGCAGGCGCUGGGUGGGCACAUGAGGCGGCACCGCGCCGCCGCGGAGUCCUUCGCGCAGCGGUACGCGGAGAAGAAGCCCGGCGCCGACAAGUGCGCCGACUCCCUAUGCCUGGACUUGGAUCUCAACACCUUUCCCUCGGAGAAAGAGGUGGAAUUGCACCCGGUGAAUCUUAGUCUCGGGCUCGCCAUGGUCGACUGCCUCUAUUGA